AUGUCAGAAUCAGAAUUGCCUUCCUCGUCCAACCCCAAGCCCAUGCUCAACAAAAAUAAGAGGUCUACCUCGGGCUUUAGAAUCUGGAAGGAAGAUACCGAUGAACUAGAGGCCAAGUUUUUUGACGCUCUCUACCAAGGCAACACACAGGUCGUGGAAGAAUGUAUCAACUUAGGGGUGGACCCCAAUGUGACCGACGACGAUGAUAUGACCCCACUUCACCACACAGCUAUAUGUGGUGAUACACCAAUGGGAAAGAUACUAAUGUCAUCUGUCAAAAUCGACAUAAACAAAACGGAUCCUGACGGGAAUACAGCUCUGAUGUUCGCCUGCAUAUAUCGACACGAGGAUUUCGUGAAGGAACUGUUAAACAAGGGAGCCGAACCUGAAAUAGUAAACAUGAAAGGACAAAGAGCGUUGCACAUGGCUUGCACUGGUAAUAGUUUGAAAAUAAGUAAUCACUUAAUAGCGAAUGGAGCUAAUAUUAACGUAUUGGAUGCGUUUGACAACACUCCGCUGUCCAUAGCUGUAAUUGACCAUGGUUCUAUACCACUGAGCGUGAUGCUGUUAAAGAAGGGGGCCAAUGCCACUUCAACAAAAAAGUUUCCUCUAUUUCUAGAAUGUGUACUAAACUGCAACACUAUGGCGCGACUGAAACUUAUAAAAAUACUGCUUUGUUACGGUGUUGACAUAUAUUGCGUACAUCCCAUUUCUAAAAGGAACUGCCUUCAUUUCGUGGCAAUCACGGGUUACCUUCCUGCUGCAAAAAGUUUAUUAAAACGCGGAGAAUCGAAUUUGUACUCUACUGAUCUUGCUGGUAGGACUCCCCUACGUAUCGCCUGGGAUCAUAGGAAUUUCGAAAUAUAUAAUCACUACAUCGACUGGUUCGAGAAGGAUGAGUUGAGAGCUACGCUCGAGGAUGAUAUCAUCGAACAUUUGUAUAAAAUAUUCGAUCAGAAAAAUGAAUGA